CUACAUUUUACAUCAAUUUAAUCGCAUGUAUGGAUGUAGGAGAGAUUAAUCGUAAAUGGAAUAGGAAGAAAUUUCAGUGCGUGUACAAAUCGUGAUAAAAAGUUUAAGAAAAAAAUGUCCGGCCUUGUAAAUUACAGUAGUGAGGAGGAACAGGAUGAUUAUCCACAUUUAAAAGCGGGUGAACAACGUGAAAGAAUCGGCCGAAAUCCAUUGGCCGAUGGCAAAAAGCUGAAACAUCGUCGACGAUGCUCUAGUUCUUCUGACACGGGCAGUGACAGUGAUAAUAAAAAUGUGACACCACCUCCUUCACGCAAGGAAAGGGGUGGCGGUGGCAAUGGCAGUCUAGGCAGUAGCGGCAGCAGCAGCAAUAGAAAUGAACGUGGAAGUGGAACCACCAACAACAGCAGCAGCAGCAGCACUUUUCACCACGAUGAGGAUAAAUACAAGUCAUCAGCAGACAGGCGUGCCGACAAAUACAGCAGAGAUCAUUCAAGAGACCGCAGAGACAACAACAACAGAGAGACGAGUAAACACUCUCGCGAGAGUCGUGGCGGCUAUCGUGAGCAUAGAGAUGACAAGAGUUAUGAUAACGGCAACAAUUGGCAUGACAAGAAAUAUGAUGAUGGCAAACGCCACAGCAAAGAUCAUAAGCGUGACAACGACUACCACAGAAGCGAGAAACGUUCUCGUUAUGAUGAUAAGAAACUUCAAGCAUCUGGCUACAGCAAGGACCGUUCCUCAAAUCUCUCAAAAUCUCGCUAUAAUGAUAGAAAACCCUGCGACGAACGCAAAGAAGAGCGCCGUGAAGAUAAGCGAGCCAACGAUGACAGGCGUAAUCACAGUGGCAGCAGUUCAGCACACCGCAGAAGCGGCAAUGAUUACAAUAAUGAAAGAAAAGAUUAUCGUUCAUCUGAUGACCGUAGCACACCACGUUCCUCUGCUAUGGAGAGACCCAAUUCCUAUUAUCGUUCUAACAGCAAAUACUCUCUAGAUCGUCGCGGACUAGAUGAGGAAAGAAAAUCUCAACCACAACACUCGCGCUCCGAAGAGUCACCUGAUAAAUGCCAAGAGCGUAAUAGCAGCUCACAACGUGAGCACCCCGCAGAAGCAAUAAACACCACAACCACCACCAUCAUCACCCGUCCAGAAGAGCCUAAUAAUAAGUCCUCGUCGCCUGCCGAAGUUGUUGCCAAGAAAGUUUUACCUACAGCACGUAAUUUUGAAGCCCUCUUAUCUCUGCCCCUAAGCGAAACAGCACCCAAACAACCAAAUGUUGUAACAGUUCCACCCAUCACCGAGGCUGGUGAGGCUGAAGCUUUAACGGUACAGUUACCUAGCUACUAUAAUCCCAAAGUCAUAAAUCCCAAUAAAUACGCUCAGCAAAUACAAAAGCGCAAACUUAUAUGGGGUGCCAAAAAGGCUGAGGAUUCUGCUUCCAAAUGGGGACAUGCACAAUUUUCACAAGACUCCGAUGGCAAAGUUGCCUCGAAAUUUAUGCGUCUAAUGGGCAUUAAAAAUGUUCCUCCACCUACGGAAUCUGCGAAUCCGGCCGAAACAGCAGGUCCCAGUGGUGAUCAAAAGAAAAGCGAUGCCGCCGCAAAUCCCGACUUUAAAUCCCGCGAAGCCAUGUUCUCCACUAUGGAACAGCAAUAUGAAGUUGCCCGUCAAGUCACCCAUACAAUGCGUGGUGUUGGUUUAGGUUUUAGUACGCAAAGACCAUAUUAAAGAGCUCAGUACAGAAUAAAACCGAGUUCAUAAUAAGUUUAAUUGAUUGAUUGAUGAAUGGAUGAAUAAUACAUACAUAUGAGAAUACUAAUAUGUAUUUAUUUUAAACAGAGAACUUUUAUUUAAGUACACACUACUAACAAAUGACAAAAACAGAGAAAUUGUAUUUUUAGUUUUACAUUGUAAAAUUGAUAAAAUGUAAAGAAAUCAUACACACACACACACACAAA